AUGGUAAGAGAUUUUGAAGGAAAGGUGAAUAGCGUGGAGACAUAUGGGGACGGGGCCGCAGACAGCCUUUCCGAUGGCGAUGCGGUGGCCUCCGAACCAGCAAAGAUGGAGGAAGAUUCAGCAGCAGAUGCGCGAGCUGCGGGCGAAACAAACAACGGCAUAGGCCCCGAAAGUGCGGCGGCGGAGAAUUCUUUCUCAACCAGUUCACAGGAGCCGGCCGCCUGUCAAGGAGCGACGCGGGAGGAGAGCCACGAGGAGAGCCUAGAAGCGAGCGAAGCUUCGGAGGCUUCAUUCGAUCGCAAUGCGACAGACCCAUCGGCUGGGAGUGGAGACCCUGAAGAGCGCGGAGAGGCUGACGGUGUUCAGGGUCCUGAAGCGACCUUGGGUGGACGCGAGGAAGUCAGCAGCAAGGCAGGCGAAGGAAGCAGCGGGGAGGCGGAGGAAGAUGGCGUUGCGGCCGCUGAGGAAGCGUGCGACGUGAUAAAGGGCGUGGAAGACGAGAGCGGCUCGAAUAAGGAUGAUCAUGCAGAGGGUGCAACAGCCGAGGAUGUUGCGAAUGUCAGCGUCGCAGCAGCUGAAGAUGCGACGAAUGUCAGCGUCGCAGCAGCUGAAGAUGCGACGAAUGUCAGCGUCUCAGCAGCUGAAGAUGCGACGAAUAUCAGCGACGCAGCAGCUGAAGAUGCGACGAAUGUCAGCGUCGUAGCAGCCGAGGAUGCGACGAAUGUCUUCGUCGCAGCAGCUGAGGAUGCGACGACUCUCCGCGACGCUGUGGUCGGGAGCGUGCGCGCUUCAGCGGUCGACGAGACCGACGCGGCGCCAAUGGCGAACAGCGCGAGCUGCGGAGAUGGCACGCUGGGCGGAGGCACGGCAAGCGCGCAAGAAGAAAUUGCAUCCGAAGCCGAUGCGAGCGCAGACGUUGGAACCAUGGCUGAAGCUUGCGAUAGAACUGGGAGCAGCGUCGACCCAACAGACUCGGCUGCGAGCACGGGCGAAGCAAGCGUGGCGGAUGGCAAUGCGGACUCGGAUGCAGGAGCAGGCGAAGGGGCCAUGGACGAGGUUGAUGAGGGGAACGCGACCUGCGAGGCCGCGGCAAACGCAGCACUUGAAACGGAGACCGCCACGGCCGGUGAGAACGAGAACGCGCGCGAAAGCGACAUUGAGCCCGAGCUUGCUGACGGCCCUGCGUGCAAGGAGGCACAACCGCCGGAGGGCGUAUCCGUGCAUGCCGGUGAAGGAGUAGCUGUCGAGACAGAGGAGGGCGCGGGUAGUUCGUCGGGCGCAGAGGCGGGAAACGAAGCGCCGGCGGCGGUUACGGAGGAAGCGGCUGGAGAAACGGAGCCCGAAAGCUGCUCGCUAGACAAGAAGACCGACGUGGAAGAGGUGGACGCGAGUGGCGCAGCGCCUGAAGCGGCGCCAGUCGCAGCGGUCAAGGCGGUGAGCUCGGGCGAAGAGGGGGACGCUGAGGUGGUAGUGAGAGCGGAGAGCGAUGGAGGAGUGACUUGCAGCGGCGGUGCGGAGGGUUUGGGGCAUGAGCAGCACACGGAUGAAAAGAGAGUGCUAGUAUCGGGUGAUGCGGAAAUCGAGGUAGCUCAUAGCGAGGAUGUAGAGGGGGCAGAGGGAGGUGGGGCGAUUGAGAAAGAUGAGAAGAGCGACAAGGCCGAGACGAGUGAGGAGGCGGAGAAGAGUGAAGCGCACGAGAGUGAGGACCGUGACAAUGUGGCAGAUGAGACGGUGAUCGAAGGACUGCAGCGCGACGAGGCAACGGUUGAGGUGACUGCUGAAGGCGCGGUGAGCGCGGACGACGUAAAUGGCGCAGAGAUCGGAGGGGACGCGUCGAAUGGGGAAAACGGCGGAGCACAAGGGACGCAAGGGCCGGACAGCGAGGACGGGCCGGACAGCGAGGAAGGGCCAGGCGGAGGAAACACGGCUGCACAAGAGGCGGGAGAAGGUGCGGAGAAGGCGCACGAGGCGGAGAGGGUGGAAGCGAUGGAAGGCGGGGAGGAGGCGGCGGAAGCGCCGGAGGAAGGGAGCGCGGCGAGCGAGGGGACGGUGGAGGAGCUGCGGGCUGUUGAGGCGGAGGUGGCGGGGGCGGCGGAGGAGGCGGAAGAGGAAAGCGCGGGCGAGGGGGCGGCGGAGGAGGCUGAACUUGAGGGAAGCGCGAGCGAGGGGUCGGUGGAGGAGCUGCGGCUUCUGGCGGACGUGCUGGCGCUGAUGGACUCGGACGCCUCAUCCAACGGCUCCCAUCACUCCUCGUCCGCCUCCUCCGAUGGCGAUUCUGCAUCCGACGGUCCAGCGCCUCUUGCUGACGUGGAAAAGCACGAGGUUGUUCAGCAGGCGGCAGCUGCCGAGGCGCAGGUGAAUGCUCAGGUGGAAGCAGCAGUGAAGGCGCACGUGGCGGCGAUUGAAGCGGAAGCCGCCGCCGCCAUUGAGCGCCGCGUCGCCGCCACCUUGGAGCACCUGACCGCGGAGCUCGAAGCCAAGCUGGCCGGGCAGCUGGAAGAACGUUUAGCUGCCCGAAUCGAGGAAAAGAUCGCAGCGCGCAUGGAAGAGCGGAUGGCCGCUGACGUGGCAACGCAGGUUACGGUGCGGCUGGCGGAGAUGGAGGCGGAGUGGAAGGAGCGCGCAGCAGGGGGAGCGGAGCACCCGCAGGCCCACGCGCAGGCGCAAGGCGGAGGAAAAGCUCCCGCACAGGGGCAGGCGGGGUGGCAGAAGUGGAUGAUGUGGGGCGCGCGGGAGGACGAUUUGCGCAAGCAGGCGGAAGAGGAGCGGCGGAGGGAGAUUGCGCGCGUGAAGGAGCAACUGGAGGAGCAGUGGGGCGCGGAGGUUCACAAGCUGCAGGCGCUCAUGCAAGCGGAACGCGCCAUCUCCGCGGAGCGCCUGCAGGCGCUGGAACGGCGGUGGCAGCGCGGGGAGGCGGAGCUGGCGGAAGGGAUCCGCGCGGUGCAGGAGCUUGCGGUGUUGAAGGUUGCGGCGGUGGAGGAGCGGUGGGGCGCGAAGGAGGCGGGGAUGCUGCAGGCGAUGGCGGAAGAGAUGCAGCGCCAGGUGGCGGAGCUCAAGGCGGAGCAGGCGGGGUGGGUGGGGCGCGUGGAAGACAUGCGCUUCCGCGUAUCCGCGGAGCUCAAGCAGGCGGAGGGGCGGCUGCACGCGGCGCAGGAGGCGUGGGCGGGGCGGCUGGCGGAGAUGCAGGCGCAGGCGGACGCGGGGAGGAUUGCGGACGCGGGGAGGCUGGCAGAGAUUGAGCGGGAGUGGGAGGGGAAACUGGCGGAAGUGCGGAAACACGUGGAGGAGGAGAGGCGGAGGGGUGUAAAGCGGUGCAAAGUGGUGGAGGAAACGGUGGGGAAGAAGAUAGAGGAGAGCCGGCGGGCGGCGGAUGCGGAACUGGAGAAGGCGCUUCAGCGGGAGGCGGAAGCGCGCAAGGAGCAGGCGGAAGCCGCAUCCGCGCGUGCCGCGGAGAUCGCCGCGCAAAUGGAGGAAGCCGCGCGGCAGGCGGAGGAGGAACGCAAGCGGAACCUGAAGCGCGCGGCGAAGAUUCUCAAGGACUGCGCGGGGAAGACGGAGGCGGUGGAGCUGCGCGUGGCGGAGGCGGAGAAGCGCAUCGACGCGGAGCGCAAGGCGCAGCGCGAGGCGGUUGCGCGGAUCCACGCGCAGUUCGAGAUGAUGGAGGUGGCAUGGGGGAAGCGCGUGGAGCAGACGAAGGCGGAGGUGUCGGUUAUGCAGGAGGAGGCGCGCGCGCAGCGGCGGCGGGACGAGGAGGCGCUGGGCGCGGUGAAGGCGGAGUGGGCGGAGUGGGCGGGGGAGCUCCAGCGGCAGACGCAGGCGGCGCUGGGCGACGACGCGAAGAAACUGGAGCUGCUGGACGAGGUGGUGCUACAGCUCUUCUCCGCCCACGUGCGCGCACAGCUCGCCUCACUGCGCCAGCGCCUUGACGACACCGCCCAGACACAUGCAGACAAACUGCGCCACCUGCAGGACAACGUCGCCGCCCGCCUCGAUGCCGCCCGCAAGCGGCUAGAAGACGAGCGGCGCGCGGAGGGGGAGCAGUUACAGCAGUGGGAGCGGCUGUGGGGGGUGGCUGCGGAUAGCAAGUGGGGGGAGACGGUGGCCGGGCGGCACCGGAGGGAGGCAGAGCGGUUGAGAGAGGUGCAGGAGCAGUGGGCGGGGCGGGUGGCAGCGCUGCAGAAACGAGAGGAGGAGGAGCGACGGGGGGUUGCAGAACAGCUGAAGAAGCUUAUCGAGAGGCUUGAGAAGGGGGUGGGGGAGGAAGGAGAGGUGGGGGAUGGGGGGAGUGGGAAUGGCGGAGGAGAGGGGGGAGAGGCGGGAGGGAGUGGGGGAGGGGGGCUGGCGGCGUGGAAGGAGAUGGCUGGGCGGGAGGUGGAGAGGGUGGGGAGGGAGGUGGAGGGGAAGGGGCGGGCAGAUGGGGAGAGGGUGAGUGCGAUGGAGGGGCAGUGGCGAGUGCGGUGGGAGGAGGUGGCGGCGGCAGCAGAGGAGGGGAGGAAGCAGCAGCAUGUGACGGUGCAGCAACUCAUGGAGGCUGAGGCGGAGCGUGUGGUGGCAGCGCGAGCAGCCCUGGACCGAUACGGGCUGGGCAUAGUGCAGCGCAGCACGCUGCGCUUCUCCCACCACCCCGACAUAGCAGACACCGAUGCCGCCCUGCUCCUGCAGGCGCUGCGCCGCUUCCGCCCGCACCUCCUCCCCACCAUCACCGCUCUCUCCUUCAGCUGGGGCUCCCCCCCAGGGUGUAAGAACAUCACAGGGGAGGCUCUGGAGCAUGCUGCCUGCCUGCCUUCCCUCAAGGCCCUGGACCUCCGGUGCUGCGCUGGGCUCACGCCUGACGGGCUGCGCCACGUCAGCAAGCUGACUCAGCUGGAGCGGCUGGAGCUGUGUGAUGCGCGUGGCGUGACGGAUGCUGUGCUUGCACAUGUGGCGGGGAUCCCGGGGUUGCGGUAUCUGGAUCUUAGUGGGUGUGUGGGGGUGACGGAUGCGGGCAUGGUGCAUGUGGCUCGCAUGGUGGGGUUGAGGCAGCUCAGGAUGACUGGAUGCCCGCAGGUCACCAGUGUGGGGGUGAGCUUGCUGCCUGGCUGUGUGCAAGUCACGCGCUGA